AUGGCGGAGAAGGACAUCAGCCUGUAUGACUUGUUGAACUUGUCUAUCAGCUCUCCAGGACAGGGGGCGGUCAACUUCAGGGCCAUGUACGCGCUCCUCAACAGCAUUCUGCGGCAGCUGGACCUCCGGGAAGUCACCGUGAGCGCGGAGGACUUCACCCCGGGGGAGAGUGGUGCUGAGGCGGGCAGAGAAGAGGAGCAGAGCCGCGGUGUGAGCGCAGGACCCCGAGAGCAGGAGGAGAAAGAGGCCGGGAAAGAGGCUGCGAGUGGACAGGAGAAUGUGGAGGACGCACAGAAAGCCCUGGACCUGAUCUGCAGAACACAGAAGCAGACUGAGCAGCUGCUGCAGACUGUCAAAGUACUGCGCCACCAACAGGACAAGAGCGCUGCUGCUCAAGCUCAGAGCGACACACAUCUGAGGAGUCAGAGGGAGAGACUGGACGCUCUGGAGGAAGCUAUGAGACAUCCACAGCAGGACGAUUGUUACGUGACCUGGGAGGAGAUGAAGUCUGCGCUCCUCACCGAGAGACAGAACUUAGAACAGGGCCUGAUUCAGACUCUGAGAGAGGAAAGUGUGAGACCUCCAUCAGCAUCAGACACAGCUCCAACCUUAGACUCACAGACGGAGGAGGCCACAGAUGUCCCUCCUCUUCCAAAUGUCCCGGUCAGCACAGAAGCCUCAGCCCUGGCCCCGGCCCCAGACACGGCCCCAGACCCAGACCCAGCCCCGGUCCCCCCUCUGCAGAGCCUGUCCCAGAAGGCCUGUGGAGCCUCCAUGUACCAAGAGACCAUGGAGGCUCUCUGGAACGUGGGCCGCCUAAAGCAGCGCUGUGAUUGGAUGGAGGAGAGACUUGCUGUGCUGGACGUGGAGAGAGAGAGAGAGAAAGAGGAGCUCCAGAGGCUGCGAGACCUGAUCCAACGCAGAGACGCUGACGGAACCUUUUCUGCUCUGAAGAAGGAGCUGGAGGAUCAGAGAGUACUGGUGCAGAGCCUCAUGAGCGACGGAGACCAGUUUGAGGAGCUGAGGGACAGUGAGGACAGAGCAGAGGACAGCAGAGACAGAGCCCCUGGACUGGACCAGGACCAAGAGCCAGACCUCAGCUCAGAGCCAAAGACCCACAUGGACCCAGACGCUUCCCCAAACAUUCCCCCAGAACAGGAACCAGAGCAGAAGCCAGUGCUGGACCAGACCCUGGACCCAGACCCGGUCCCAGUGGCGGAGUCAGACUUCAUCAAAGAACUAGACCCGGAGUUGGACAGUUUGCGUGGAAUGUUACAUCAGAUCAUGGAGUCUUUGCCCUCGGAGCUGAACCUGCAGGACGGCCCUGAGGAGGAGGAGCAGAGAGAGGAAGAAGAGCAAGAGGAGAAAGAGGAGGAGCAGAGAGAGGAGGAGCAGAAAGGGGAGUGGGGACAGGAGGACAGGAACCAGGAGUCGAGCUUCAAGCACUCGGUCAUGAGUCUGAGCUCCAGACUCGGCCUCCUGUUCCAGCAGCACGAGCAGCUACAGGAGGCUGUCACCUCUCUGAUCCAACAGCAGCCCAGCUCAUGGAGAGAUGUGCAGGCAAGGAGAGAGAGGGAGGAGGAGGCCCCAGAGAGCGGGCUUCAGGGAGGAGGAGGCCCCAGGAAGGAGGCCACAGGGAGGGGGCUCCAGGAAAGUGCUCCGCUGAUGAGCAGUGUACAGAAAGCAAUACUCCAGCUCCAGAAUGAGUGUGAGAAACUGAGUGAGACCACACAGUGUUUACAUGAGGACAACCAGCAGAAGCAAACGCACAUCCAGGAGCUGUACAAGGCGACUAAGCAGCUGGAGGAGAAGAAAGCCGACAGAAACAUGGUGGAAGUGGAAAUGCGUGCAGAUAAGAGUGCCCUGGAGACUAAAGUGAGCCGUGUGCAGUUUGACUCAGUGACAGAGCAGCUCAGUAACAUGUUCCACGAGCUGCUGAGCAAAGUGAGCGAUCAGGAGCAGGACGUCAGCAAAGUUAUGGACAAACUCUCACACGAGAUGGACCUGAAGUUGAACCGGAUGGAGCUGGAGUCAGUGAAGAAGCAGCUGGAGGCUCGAUGGAAGAACAUCCAAGAGCAGAUGAAGAGCGAGGGCGGACUGGAGCAGGACGACGCUGCUGUAUUCAGGAAGCAGCUGGUGGAGAGGUUCCACUGUUUGUCAUGUGAUCGCCCGGUGCUCAAACAAAGCCCAGGACCACAGCUGAUGACGCUGCCGGCCUCCCCCAGUUUACCUCCAAACAGAUCUCUGAGGCCUUUCACCGUCUACACUCUGGAGCAGAUCCGCCAGCACUACAAGAGCCUGACUCCAGGGACCAACAGUUUCACCAAUAAACUUUCGAACUGCAGCCGCAGGAUAGCGCAGCUUGAGAAGAGCUGUGCAAACACAAGCAGGAGGCUAGAGAACCUGAGAGAGGACCAGAGAGGGCAGAACCAGGAGCGGACUGAUCGUGGAGCAGAGGCUGUGGACUACAGUCUGUACUCAGUGUCUCGCAGCUGUGGAGGAAGCCACACAGUCACACCCUUCACCCAGAGACACCGCAAUGCUAUCCAGCCACCCAGCCAGCAGAGGGCGCCGCAGGACCCACUGGGACUGUCAGAGGAAGUGGACAUUGUGGGACUGGACGGUCACAUUUACAAAGGGCGCCUAAACACCUCACCAAACAGAGACAAAGACACCAAACUACCCACCAUCACCUCCAGAGACGGGUCCUGUGGGAGCAGCGGAAGACCCCCGAGCUCCCGCGCACCCAGAGCAGUGAGCCCAGGCCUGCGGCGACCCAGUCCCCCCUCAGGCAGUGGCAGCUUAGCUCGGGGUUGGUCUGUGUCGCCUCUGGGCUGUGUCUCUCAGGGCUCCACUGUCCCUGACUGA